AAUGAUAAAGUUUAUUCAAACAACAGAAGAGAAGUUAAAAAACGGAAAUGUGAUCAAGCAGUUUUCAUAUUAGCCCUCAUUUUAAUAAUCAUUUGAACUUGAUAUAUAAAAGCAGCUCGUCGUUGAGGAAAUCAGUGUCACUUUUCAUUUGUAAUUUGAAUGCUAUCAUAGUGAUAUUAUACAGAUAGUGAUAUUAAAACCAGAUUAUCUACAUAAAUAAUUAAAAUCAUGGAUGACAAAAAAGUAUGGAAUGGUACUGAUUCCGGCGAGGAGGUCGUUAUUUCUGGUAUUGCUGGUAGAUUUCCAAAUUCAGAUAAUAUGCAUCAGUUACGAGAAAAUUUAUUUAACAAAGUGGAUCUUGUUAGAGAAGACCAUGGUCGAUGGAAUAUAGAGCAUUCGGAAAUACCAAAAUGUCUGGGAACAAUUAAUAAUGUGGAAAAAUUUGAUGCGGACUUUUUUGGACUUUCCUUCGAGCAAGCACAUGCAUUUACGCCUGAGGCGAGAUUAUUAAUGGAACAUGCUUAUGAAGCAAUUAUCGAUGCGGGGAUUAAUCCAAAACAAUUGAAAGGAAAAAAUACUGCUGUAAUCAUAGCAGUAACUUAUGUAGAAACGCAAGAAAAAUUUAUAUAUGAGAAUCUUCAGCUACGCGGUCAAAAUAUGAUGGGAUCUAGCAAAUCUACGUUAGCAACAAUUCUUUCAUCCCAUUUCGAUCUGAAAGGACCAUCACACACCAUUGAUACAGCAUGUAGUUCAAGCUUUUAUGCCCUGGCCGCCGGAUAUGAUUAUAUCGUGUCGGGUACUUGCGAAGAUGCGAUAAUUGGGAGUGCAAAUAUAUGUUUUAAUCCUUGGCUAACCCUGCAAUUUUUACGUCUAGGUGUUUUGUCAUUUGACGGUCACUGCAGACCCUUCGACAUCAAAGCACACGGAUAUGCACGUAGUGAAGCAGUGGCAGUGGCAUACCUUCAAAAGGCAAAGAAUGCGAAAAGGAUUUACGCCAUAUGUCCACAUAUUAAAUUGAACAACGAUGGCUAUAAAAAAGAAGGAGUAACAUUUCCAUCGUCGCAUGUGCAAAGUACUUUACUGAUGGAAUUUUACGAUGAAUGCGGAAUACCAAACUCAUGUUUGGAUUACAUUGAAACACAUGGUACCGCUACCAAAGUUGGCAAUUCUCAGGAAGUCAAUGCGCUUCAGAACGUUUUGUGUAAGAAUAGAGAAACACCAUUAAUGACUGGUUCUGUAAAAUCUAAUCUUGGUCAUCCUGAAUCUGCGGCUACUUUUUGUCAGAUCGCCAAGCAAGCAACGAUUUUCCUUAAAAUCUCACUAAAGUGUGAGCUAGUGAGUCGGCCGCGGUGGCGUCUAGAAAUAACACCUGUGGCUGCACUCGACUUACGAGAAGGUCUCCAGCGGCGCGGUCACCUAGCAGUGUGCGUUCCUGUAAGGAGUGGAGGUACUCUGUACUCCACCGCUGCCAAAAGUGCUGUCGAAGCUGCUCUACCUUUGCCAGCGCACGAGGCGGUUCUCAGGAACGUUGCUUAUGUCGCUGUAAGGAAAACUGUUUAG